GCUCUCUGAAGUUUAUCAGCGGAGCGCCUGAGCAGACACAUCUUCACACACAGAGAGAGACAUGCAGGGGUGACACACACUGCGGGGUCACACACUGCAGGUCACACUCUUACCUGUCACAGCAAGGCAAAGAUCAGAUUGACGUUUAUUCCUCCGCCAUGACGGCCAAGACUCUGGAGAAGAUCCCGAUGAACCUCGGGGGAUUCGUGCACCCUGACAGCGUAUACUCUGUGGACGACAUCAGCUCCAGCAUGCCGACCUCUGUGGCCAUCUUCCCCAACAGCGACCUGGGAGCGCACUACGACCAGCUCAAUGUGUCAGACGGUCUGAUGAGCGCAGACAUGGGCGCAGAGAAACGCUCACUGGACCUCUCCUCCUACUCCGGCGGCUUCUCUCAGCCCCCGAGCCACCGCAACCAGACCUUCACCUACAUGGGCAAGUUCUCCAUCGACUCUCAGUACCCUGGAAACUGGAACCCCGAGGGAGUCAUCAACAUCGUGUCGGGCAUCUUCAACAUGGCCCAGCCACCUCCUCCACCUCCUCCUCCCUCCUCCUCAGCGUCUUCCUCUCCGGCGUCCUCAGGAUCUCCUCAUCACUUCUCUAGUGGAAAUCUGAGCUGCACCAUGGCGGCUCAGACCCAGGCAGAGUUAGACCACCACCACCACCUCUACUCCCCUCCGCCUCCCUACUCCUCCUCAGGCUGCGGGGAGGUGUACCAGGACCCCUCCGCCUUUCUGUCGACCUCCACCUGCCCCAUUGCCUCCUACCCUCCUCCCUCCUACUCCUCCCCCAAGCAGCCCGGUUGCUCAGACGCGCCCGGGCUCUUCCCCAUCAUCCCGGACUACUCGGGCUUCUUCCAGCCGGCCUGCCAGCGAGACAUGCACCCGGCGGGGAUCCAGGACCGCAAACCCUUUGGUCCAUGCCCGCUCGAUUCCUUCCGUGUCCCCCCACCCCUGACCCCUCUGAACACUAUCAGGAACUAUACACUGAGCGGGCCUGGGCCCGUUGGCUCCGAGGGGGGGCCGCCGAGGCUUCCCUCGGCCUACAGCCCACAGAACCUGCCCCUCAGGCCGAUCCUGCGGCCCAGAAAGUAUCCGAACAGACCCAGCAAGACGCCGAUCCACGAGAGGCCGUACCCGUGCCCCGCGGAGGCCUGCGACCGCCGCUUCUCGCGCUCCGACGAACUCACGAGACACAUCCGGAUCCACACCGGACACAAGCCCUUCCAGUGCCGGAUCUGUAUGCGCAACUUCAGCCGCAGCGACCACCUCACCACGCACAUCCGCACGCACACCGGGGAGAAGCCGUUCGCCUGCGACUUCUGCGGCAGAAAGUUCGCGCGCAGCGACGAGCGGAAGAGACACACGAAGAUCCACCUGCGGCAGAAGGAGAGGAAGUCCUCCACGGUCUCCUCCUCAUCCUCUUCCUCCACCAGCAGCACCGGGGUGGAGCGCAGCGCAGCCGGCGGGAUCUGCUCAUAGUUUCCCGGGAAAACUUUGGUGUUACCAUGGCAGCGUGACACACACUAACCCUUCAAAUAAAAAAAAUGACUCUGAAUGAUAAAAAAGACUUUAAGAUUGAGACUAUAGUGAAGAGAAACUGUGGGACUGGAGGAGGACUUGUGUAUAUCCGUGCGUAAUUGCGCACAUCCACGCGCUCCUGCUCCACGGUGAGGCAGAGACAAAGAUGCACUUUCCAGCACAGUGAACACAUGACCAAUGAACAUGGAGCAGUAACCAUGGACCAGUGAACAGGUCAUGACAUCAUGUUAGAGAGGGGAGCGUGCACACAGUGAGCGCGUGUCAGUGUGAAAUAACUGCAAUAAUGUUUGGAGACAGAAAAGUUCUAAAUUAUUGACAAAGUGUUUAUAACACGAGUGUGUGGUGUUUGGUGUAUAUGUGUGUGUGUGUGUGUGUGUGUGUGUGUGUGUGUGUGUGUGUGUGUGUGUGUGUUUUCCCUCAGU